GCGCGCGGCUUUGCUGCGCCGCUACACUGGGCACCUCGGCGCGGCGGGCGGCGCCGCUACACGCAACGUUACGGCGGCCGGCGGGCUUUCCCCGCGCCGUCAGCUGAUGGGCGCCGGGCCGGUCCCGCGGCAACAUGGCGGCGGAGAUCCAUUCGCGGCCUCAGAGCAGCCGGCCUGUCCUCCUCAGCAAGGUCGAGGGACACCAGGACGUGGUGAGCGCCGCGCUCCUCAUCCCCAAGGAGGACGGGGUUAUCACGGCCAGCGAGGACAGAACAAUACGAGUAUGGCUGAAGAGAGACAGUGGACAAUACUGGCCCAGUAUCUAUCACACCAUGUCAUCACCAUGUUCAGCCAUGACUUAUCAUCAUGACAGCAGAAGAAUAUUCGUAGGCCAGGAUAAUGGGGCUAUCAUGGAAUUUCAUAUUUCAGAAGACUUUAAUAAGAUGAACUUUGUGAAGACUUAUCCAGCUCAUCAGAAUCGAGUGUCUGCUAUUACUUUUUGCCUGGCGUCAGAGUGGGUUAUCAGCACCGGUCAUGACAAGUGUAUCAGCUGGAUGUGCACCAGGAGUGGGAGUAUGUUGGGAAGGCAUUAUUUCACCUCUUGGGCUUCAUGUCUACAAUAUGAUCAUGAAACCCGACAUGCAUUCGUUGGUGAUUAUUCUGGACAGAUCACUCUCCUGAAGCUUGAGCAGAAUACAUGCUCAGUUAUCACAACGCUCAAAGGGCAUGAAGGAAGUAUUACUUCCCUGUGGUGGGAUCCAGCUCAACGACUGCUAUUCUCAGGUGCCUCUGAUCACAGCAUUAUCAUGUGGGAUAUUGGUGGAAGGAAGGGACGAACACUGCUGCUUCAGGGCCAUCAUGACAAGGUGCAGGCUAUCUGUUACAUACAGCUGACACGACAGCUGGUGUCUUGUUCAGCUGAUGGGGGAAUUGCUGUUUGGAACAUGGAUAUCAGCCGAGAAGAGGCUCCUCAAUGGCUAGAAAGUGAUUCCUGCCAGAAAUGUGAACAACCUUUCUUCUGGAAUAUAAAGCAAAUGUGGGACACAAAGACAAUAGGGUUGAGGCAGCAUCAUUGCAGAAAAUGUGGGCAAGCAGUGUGUGGGAAGUGCAGUAGCAAACGGUCAAGUUACCCAAUCAUGGGAUUUGAGUUCCAGGUCCGUGUCUGUGAUUCCUGUUUUGAGUCAAUCAAGGAUGAAGACCGUACUUCCUUGGCAACCUUUCAUGAAGGAAAACACAACAUUUCAUACAUGUCCAUGGACAUCUCCAGAGGGCUAAUGGUCACUUGUGGGAGCGACCGGAUUGUGAAGAUCUGGGACAUGACACCAGUAGUUGGUUGCAGCCUUGCAACUGGCUUCUCUUCACGCUGAUCUCAUACAUGACAGGUUUAUGCACCUUAUGUACAGCAAUAUACACCGAACAGAUGGAAUUCUUCUUACGAUUAUUACUGCAAACACUGGCUGCUUGAUUCUUCUCCUGCUGCUGUUCCAGGAUGGACAGUCACGUUUGUUGAGCACGGCUUUUCUGUUGGGCUCACCAGGAAUCUCCUUGGUGCGGAAGUGCAGUUUUGCAGCCUCUUGGACUAACUUAAAAUGGCUACUGGCAAUAUGACCCCUUGAUGAAAGGACCUGUUGUUUCUCAGUUUACAUAUAUAGUGUUAACAGUGUGCUAUCUCUGCUGAUAAAUCUUGUACAGAUACCUUGUAGCUAAACCAUUACCUGAGUAAAACGAGUGUAGUAAAUGCAAUUUGUGCAAACAGUAAAAUAACUUAUUCUCUCUUCCAAAAAGCAGUUCUGUAGAAAUAUGUUUGAGCAGUCACUGUCUAAACUGCCUCGAAAAGGUAUGAUGGUUAUUCCUAUGGAAGGAGGAAAACUUCAAAGCAGCACAUAACUUCUUUCAGAUGAGAUAGUUGGAGAACCUUUGAUCACACAAGAUUUCCUUUAUUGGCUUUCUUGUAGUGUUUGUCUUCAAGCUCAUUUACUAGUGAAAUCACUUUUGUGGGUCAGCUGUUUUAUUUAGGUAGCUGGUGAGGCUUUGAACAAUUCUAGGCUCUUUAGGUAGUGUUUUAGCAUAGCUAAUAAACUUCUCUCAUUCUUAUGAAAACAUGCAGCCCAGCUACUCUACUCUAAUGACAGGCUGUAGGUAUGACCCAUAUAAUUUGACAACUCUGUAAUGGUGUUAGAAUGGGAAGUUAAGCAAGUCUGCCUUGUCAGAUAUAACGGCCAAGAAAAUAUGGCCAGCUAAAUUUUAGAGACUUUUUUCCCAUGGAAAGGCUGAUGUUUCUUUAAUGGUAGGGAACUGACUCUGCUAAAGUGUGGCACAAAUUCAGAUGCUACCUUGAUGUUGCUUGAAAUGGAUAAAUACAGAGCAAUAAUUACUGAGGUACAGAACAACUGCUUUUUUUCCCCCUGCACUUAAGUGUGUUGAUCCCAAAAUACUUAUUGUUGAUUGUUUCCUGUUCGAAAGCGGAGAAGUAUAAAGUAGAACUGGGAGGGUUUUGUGACUGCAGUUGGCACAUACAGGAAAUAAUUAUUGAGAUACUGUCAAUAAAUUGGUGUGUCAGCUGUGUGAAUUUCCUACAUUUGAACACUGCAAGAAUUUACUUUGAAGCUUCUGAAGCUGAGGUAAUACGUCACAGUUUUAAGCUUGGAGCUGUUUAGAUAUUUCUGAAGACAGAAGCAUAUGUGUGAGGACAAAAAUUGUGGGUAGGUCAGCUGGCCUGGAAUACAUGGUGUUGCACAACCGUCAAAGGUAAUAGGCUCUUUCUGGCAGAGGGCUUAAAGGUUAGAUUGUCUUUAUUUACAGCAACAAUCAAGUGGUGCUAUGAGUGUUGGUGAAUUCAAGUCCUGGGUGUGUAACUUGACACUAAUAAUCUGCACUGGACCAUGCUGUAGGCUGAAAUAGACAAAGAUCAUGGUGUUGUUAAUAUGUCAUGAUUCACUUGCAUUUUAAGCCAAAAAACGGAUAGUCUCCAAAGGGCAUUAGAAUCUAGAGUAUGUUACUGUUAUUUUGAAUCUGGCUUUGUCUGCUUUUUGAUGGGCCUUCUCUGGAAGUUUGGCAAAGAGUCUUUUUAAUUUGCUAUGCUUAUUGGGCCACUGAAGAAUAAAUAAAUCCCUCUUUUGUGGGCAUCCCAAAACUUACCCUCAGUUUGGGAUUGGAAACUUGUCAUGCUUAUUUGACUCAUGCCUUGCUACAUGCUGUAUAGCUUAGUGGGUUUUGUGAAGGCUUAUUUCUAAGCUAUUGAAAGCAAAUCAGCUUAUACUGGAAAAAAAAUGUUGCAGCUUUCUGCACUGAAGGCCUUCACCCUUGUAAAUUAGAAAGGAGGCUGGGUGAAUAAGCUUUGAUAAUGCUCUGCAUUCGCUUUCAGACUUCUUCAUAUCUGGCUCUGGAAGAAAAUAGAAGCCUUCCUCACAGUGUGUAAGACAGAACAUGAAUUACAUUGCUAGUACUGUGGUAGGUAAGGAGGAUCUAGGAUCAAGAGUUUAGUUGGGAGAUUGAUGUAGGUGUCAGAGGAAUAGCAUAUUUUUCAAACUAGAUGUUCUGAAACUUACACCAAUGAUACUGAGGUGUAACUCCUUUGCAGCUAGCACUCCUGAGCCUCAGCAUUUUUAGUUAUGAUUAGUCAACAUGCCCCCUGCUUAGCCUGCAGCUCCCCUCUUCCCUGUGAACGCUUCCUCUACUUCUUUGCAUUAUGGUUUUGCCUCUAGAUAAUAUAUUCUCUACUACAUACUGUUAAACCUAAGGAAUCUAUUUUCUAUAAUUGAUAGCAUCUAUAAAGAUAGUGUCAGUUUAGAUAUAACAAGACAAUUAUGGCUGCUAAAUCAUUAGUCAUUUAAAUAUACUCCUGGUGUUGAAUGAGUAAUGCUUACAGACCACUAAAGAGAGUGUUUUGUUUAUAAACAGCUAUUUUGAAGGGAAACAUAUGCUCUCAUGAAUCUGAACAUCAGCUGUAGUGUGCAAUUACUGAGAAGGCUUGAUCUGAAGCAUUUCUAAUCUUGCUUGUAUAAACUCCUUCACUGGGGCAGGGAAGGGGAGCAAAGGGUACUAAUAUGUGCUAAUUCUUUACUAGUUGUAUUUCUGUACCCUGUAUAGUUAAGAGAUGCUAGAUAAACCUGUCCCUUGCUCCUUCUUGUCUGUUUUUUAAACUUUGAUUACACAUAUAAUAAAAUAUUUCUUGAUAUUCA